CAAUCCACCCUCCAUCAACUAUCUUUCUUCAUUUAUUAGAUUGAUCCAAAAAUCAUAGUUCUUGUAGUCCCCUCAAAGAUUAAAGCAAUGUUUUUGAGCUCAGUUUCAUCUUUUUCUGUCCAAACCAAGCAAGGGGAUAAUAUAAUCAGUUCCCUUAGGAGCUCCCCUCCAUUUUCAUCUUCUAGUUUGAAUUCUGUUUUUCCUUCUUCCUCUGCUCUGAGUUUUCUAGUCAGAAAACAUGCAAGGGCUUUUGGGGUUUCUGCAUCCUUAGAAACCAACUAUUUGGCACUUACAGGAGUAGUGUUUCAGCCUUUUGAAGAGGUCAAGAAGGUGGAACUUGAUAUUCCAGUCGCACCUCAGAUUUCACUUGCUCGCCAGAAAUAUACAGAUGACUGUGAAGCGGCAAUCAAUGAACAAAUUAAUGUGGAAUACAACGUGUCCUAUGUCUACCACUCUUUGUAUGCUUACUUCGACAGAGACAACAUUGCUCUCAAGGGCUUAGCCAAAUUUUUCAAGGAAUCUAGUGAAGAAGAAAGAGAACAUGCCGAGAAGCUGAUGGAAUAUCAGAACAUACGUGGAGGAAGAGUAAAACUACACUCAAUUCUGAUGCCCCUCUCAGAGUUUGAACAUGCAGAGAAGGGAGAUGCAUUAUAUGCUAUGGAAUUAGCGUUGUCCUUGGAGAAGUUGACAAACGAGAAGCUUUUGAACCUGCACAAUGUAGCGCAGCAAAACAAUGACGCUCAGAUGGCUGACUUCAUUGAAAGCGAGUUUUUACCUGAACAGGUUGAAGCCAUUAAGAAGAUGUCAGAAUAUGUUGCUCAAUUAAGGAUGGUUGGAAAAGGCCACGGAGUAUGGCACUUUGAUCAAAGGCUCCUCCACGACGGUGAUGCUGCAUAAUGAUGAUCAAAUGCUGUAUCUUUUGUUGUUUUAGUACUUCAGAGAUGUUCUACUAUAUGAGCCAGAAUAAAAUGUUGAUAUAGAAUAUAUUGUACUCCUAGCAAGUAGUGACCCCUUAGGUUUGCCAUGUUAGACAGAAUCAAAUAAGUUAAUUUCUUUUUACCCACCCAAAAUUAAGGGAGCUUUAUUUCUAUACCUGAAUAGGUGGAGGAACAAUGCUGACUGAUGCAUUUCCCAGUGGUUACGUCUUUGGCAUUUGAUUUAGAACCAUUUCCAAGUGAGAUUGUAUAAAUAAAUAAAUUACAAAGUAUUUUCGAGUAGGUUGCUUUUGAAGCAUAAUAUUUCUCUAAGCCUGCUGGCAUUUUUAGAUUGGUUUUGCAUUUCCUUGAA